UUAUCUCUUUAUUUUCUUUUUCGGUGGGCGUGUCUAUGCAAAUCAAACCUGCACGAACUUGCCUUAAAUGCAUCCCGCCCACACUUGUCGCCCGUCAGUCGGAGCAGGAUCGUCCAGCCGGUGGUAUGUGACAUAGGAACGACUCAGCUAACUCGCACUACCUAGUCUCACGGAGAUCAGACAGGAGGGAGAGUCUGUUAGAAGGUGAAUGCGCGGCUCGACAUGCCACCUCACAUGGAUUACUUUUACCACGAGUCCCGAGUCCCGUCCGCAUGCGGGCUGACCCUGGAAGAUGAGAGGGAUCCAGAUGUCAUCAGCUGUAUGCUGGUCGGGGACGGAGCCGUCGGGAAGACCAGCAUGAUUGUCAGCUACACCUUGAAUGGAUACCCGACAGAAUACAAACAGACUGGCUUUGACGUCUUCUCCGGUCAGGUCCAAGUAGAAGGAUCUCCAGUCAAAGUUCAGCUUCUUGAUACCGCUGGACAGGAGGAGUUUGAUGAAUUCAGAGCUCUAUCCUAUGCCCAUAUGGAUGUCUUCCUCCUGUGCUUCAGUGUGGUCAACCCCUCCUCAUUUCACAACAUUACCAAAAAGUGGAUUCCAGAGAUCCGGGCUUAUAACCCGUCCUCGCCCAUUGUUGUUGUUGGUACUCAGUCGGACCUCUUGUUGGAUGUAAACGUCCUCAUCAACUUGGACAAAUGUAAUGUCAAGCCAGUGCUGAGUUCGCGGGCCCGAAGCAUGGUGGAGAAGAUCAGGGCUACGGACUAUAUUGAGUGCUCUUCACUCACGCAAAAGAACUUGAAAGAGGCGUUUGAUGCGGCCAUCUUUGCUGCCAUUAAGAACAAAGCUCGCAAGAACAAGAAGAGGAGGUCUUCUGAAAGGCGAACAAAAGCUUUCUCCAGAUGCAGCUGGAAGAAGUUCUUCUGCUUUGUCUGACUGUUAACCCUGUGGGUUAUGGAUGCUGUUUUUAUUUAUUUCAAUUAUUUACUUCGUUUUGAUGUCACAGUUGUAAUCUGUGACAUUUCAGCAUAUUUCCCUGUUACAUAUUUGGUUUAUUGUACCCUGGGAUGCCAAAUGGUGCAAGGGAAACGAGACAUGAGCACAGUGAGCAUUGGGCACUAGCAUCAGUGGAGAUGGUGGAGAAGGUAGGGAGGAUUCUGGGUCAUUCUCAGCCAGCGUCUGUUUUCACACUACAGCAGACGGACUUAGGACAGCACUGUUGUUUAUAUCAUAUUCAAAUGUUUGAUUGUUCUAGGGCAAAAAAAAAAAAAACAAAGUCUCAUAAAAAAAGUAUAGUAUGGUUUCAUGUGUAUACAUCACUAAUGAGCCAUCACUGAACACACAGCCAAAUAGAGAACAAUCAGGCCAGCAUGUAAAUGCUAUGAAUUUGCAUGGUGUGCUUUGCUACCAACUGCAGCCUUUUAUUGUAAACAGAAAGUAUAAAGCUGUGUAUUAGCAGAUGGGCGUUAGCCACUUCUCUGAUGUGAUCUUGCUGUCUGGCUACACUAGCCUAUUUAUAUGCACCAGCUGCAGUGCAAGGUGCUGCGUUCUGUUUUACCCGGUACUUUUUACCAUACUGACUCUGAGAGACGAGACAGUCCAAGUAACUACAAAACUGUGCUG